AGAAGAUGCCUGGUUGCGCCGGAAGGUAGCGCCGGGCUUAGGGACAGGUGUCUCGUCAAACCCUUAACCAACCAACCAACCAGCAGAUCCUCUAUUCAGCUAACUACAGGAAAGGUCCUCACCGGCCUUUUUCUCACAAGAUCGUCAAAAAGCGACGCGAAGUUGGCAGCUUUCGCAGCCAGUCCUUGAAUAUUGAGAAAAAGUGUAACUCGGUCUCCACCCUAACUUCGAUCCCCAAGAUUGCAGACGCCGAGACCCUGAAGAUAGAUCUACCUCGUUCGGCGCUUGUUGUUGACACAGUGAGUGACAGUUGAGCGAACGAGAAACGCAUGGGAUCAAGCUCGUGAGGACACAUCGCCCACAUCCGAUGUUCCUGCGUAUGUGUGUCGUGUGGAGCAGAUCUCGGCUGUGGCGUGAUGGCGGCUCUUGCCAAGUGUGGUGUGUGUUGGGAGGAGUACCAUCAUGAGAAUGCCCACAAGCAGCCUCAAGUGCUGCGAUGCGGUGAGUGAGAAACACACACACAGGCAGACAGAGGGAGGGAGGGAGGGAGGAGAGGACUGACAGCACUCGUGAUCUGUGUGUGUCAUGCGCCCACCCGUCUUUCCAUCAGGUCACUCCUUCUGCGCGGCGGUACAGACAGACAGACAGACGGACGGCACUCAUUGCUCAAUGAGUGACUCGUGUGUGUUUGGUCGCUGUCCGUCUGUGUGUCUGCAGUGUGUUGAGGGCCUCAUUCGCAAUAGCCGUCGUCGCAUAGCCGUCUGCCCAACCUGCAGGCACGCAACCAACCAAGCCACAUUGUCAAUGGUUUUCUGCUCACGUGCGUGUGUUUGUGUGCGUUUCUGUCAAUCAGGCGCGAGACCUCUCAGUCGGAAGUGCCCAUCAACUACCAGCUCCGUGACAUCGUGCAGGAGCUGCGGACGGCCACUGCGGCACCACCCACACAUGCACCCAGCAACAUGACACACGCAGCAACCACUGCUGUCCCUCCGAGCCGCCAACAAACACCCCUCACGGCUCGUCAGCGUCAGGAGGCGGCUGACUACGCCUUUGCGCAGCGCCUGUCGAACGAAAUCAAUGCCGACGGACAGGACGACAGGAGUGCCACAGACCCGCCGAACAACCAGAGGUAAGCAGCACACCUCUCACUCACCUCAAUCAGGACGGUCAUUGGCUUUGCGUGUGUCCUGUAUGUGUGUGUGUGCAAUCGGCAGUCCCACCAAUGGGGGCGGCACUCCUCUGCGCCCUCGGACUGGCACGCUGCCAUGUGGUGUGCAAUAUGAGGUGGUGCAGGAGGGCUACGGAAGAACACCCACACUCAACCAGACCGUCAACUACGACUGGUUUGGGUGGCUUGAUGCGUUCGACGGCGAGGAAAUAGUCAAUUUUGACGCUUCGCAGAUGAUUUGUGUGUCUCGUGUGGGUCUGGUUGCGUAAGGCCUUCCUGUCGAUGCGUGUGGGUGAGGUCGGGCGAUUCAUAAUGCGAGCCGAAGCUUAUGGCCCCUACGUUCAGCUGCGGCUGCUCAGCAUCCUAGAGCAGGGGUCGUGUGGGUGGUGUGGCGUGUGUCUGAUGGAGGUGGGUGGCUCCGUGAGGCGGUGCUGUCGAUGCGGGAGGGAGAGAUGAGGCGGAUCGUACUGACAGAUGACAGAUAUGUUGGCCGCUAUGUUCAGUUGCAUUUGGUCAGCAUCAUAGAGUAGGAGAGAGUGCAGAUACACACACACGUGGGAGCGGCUAUGUAUCAACACAUUCAUGUCUGUGGCCUGUUGGCUGGCUGAUGUGUGCCUCGGGUUUUGAGCGAGGGAGUGAAUGUGUUGAUUUUUUUCUGCUCGUGUGUGUGAGUGUUUCGUCGAGAUUCCUUUUUUCUUCUCACGUGUUUUGUAUACGGGUGUAUGUGCGUGUGAGUGUGUGUGCACGCUUCUCCUCGGCUGUGUAGACACUCCUCUCUCUCUCUCUCUCUGUGUGUGUGUGUGUGUGUGUGUGUGCUCUCUCCCCCCCCCUCCAUCCGUCCGUCCGUCCGUCCGUCUGUCUGCGUCGACGGUUUAUCUUUUUGGUCGGCCACCCACUGCCUCUCUCUCCCUGUGUGUGUGUGUGUGUGUGUGUGUGUGUGACACGACAACACCGCCGCCCGACCAUAAACAGAUAGACACGCAGACAGAGCACAUCACCUCCCACAUUAGGUUUCUUCCGA